AUGUCCCAAAGCCAGCAAACCGAGAUUGGAUCAUCUCAGUUGAGCCUAUACGACUCUAAGCAUACUUUCAAUUCAUCAUUUAUCCAGCCUUCCAUAGCUUCCUCGGUCGCUCCGGAUCCCAUUGAACCCUUCCAACGAGUCGGUCUUGGUAGGAAAGGCCAGUACUUUCUCUACAACGGCAUAAAUCAUCGCGACUGGACUGACUACGGAUCUCAUAACACGAUCUCUUGGGAGUCACCGCAUGGUUCUGCCUCGGAGACUUGGAAGUAUUUUGAGCAAGCGGCGUAUACAGACACUGGGAAACCGAAGGUUAUAUGUAAGAAUUGUGAUAUAAUUCUCGAGCACCCUUCUAGUGGUAGGAAGGAUGCUAGUGGGAAGGUUAGUCGUUAUGGCACAACGACUAUUACCCGUCAUCUUCAGACUAUAGCCUAUCAAAAGGCCGUAGGAAUACGGCGACAAAAGGGGCAACUGAAAGAGUUUCUUCAAACGUCGAUCAAUCGUUCUCGCAAGAUGCCUAGGAGGAUCAGCUCUUACAGUUCGUCACUACUAACCGGCUUCCGUUCCAAAUUGUUGAGAAUCAGGCCUUCCGUCGUCUUAUUACACAAGCGUACAUUCCAAGACGCACUCACUCCGAUCCAGGAACGUCUUACCACUACUCAGGACCCGCAAGAGUCCUCUUCUAGAUCAACAGCAAGAUCAGUUCUUGAUGACUUAGUUCGAAGCCAAAAGUCCAAAGCUAUGCCGGGCCCGGUUAUAGAUAAGUUAACACAGUAUCUUGACGGUAAUAUAACUGAUUCCGAGCCGCUCUCCUUCUGGAGAGAGAAUCAAUUCCGUUUUCCAGCUAUUGCUACACUUACACGGGAUAUGCUCGCAAUUCCAGCAACAGGCGCUGGGGUAGAACGACUAUUCAAUACUGCGCGUGAUAUCUACCAUUAUCGGCGUGGCUCUUUGAAGUCGCGCACCAUUGAAGAGCUGAUGCUAUAUCUCUGUACAUCAAGGUUUGACCUUAAUGUACAGAAUGCAAAGGAAUUCGAGUAUUUCUUCGGGUCUGAUAAGACCCAGAUCCUGAUAGAAGAGAAGGAUGAGCAGCUGGAUGAUAUUAAAGUUAAAGAGAUCAGUGAUACUGAAGAAUAUAAUGAUAUAACUGGUUCUGAGGAUCUGAUAGAUAUUGGCCAUGAUGAUGAUAAUACUACUAUCACUGCUGGACCAUCUCAAGUGCGUACAUCAGGGAGGAAGAGGAAACAU